AUGCAGGGUAGCUGGGCGACGUUGAAGAAGAACUGUAGGAACUUCUUCCCAGGGCUCGCUCUGUUUGCCAAACAGACACAGGAGGCAGUUGAUAUUUGGUUGCGCAUUUACAAUCGUCAACUGAAUUAUGGGCCCAAAGACUUUGUGGAGCAGAGCGAAACGUUCUCCCCCGACUACCAUAAGCGCUUCCACUCACAAGAUAAGAACAUGUGGGUCGAUAUGGAGCUUAGUAAGGAGGUCUCCCAAGAGGAAAUAGCGAAGUUGAUGCGAUACAAGUUGGACAUGUGGCGCAUGGUGCAUUGCACUGGCUCUGUGCUUGUGAUUGGUGGCUACGCUCUCCCUUUGGCUCUCUUUUGGCUUGCGAAUGACACAUGGGUGCCAUCUGCUUUUAACUGUACCGCUGAGGAGCUCAAGGCAUGGCGUCAUGCUCAGGAUUUGUACCGCUACCGCAGUAUUCCAUCCUAUUUAACCGACACCAAGUGGCACUUUGACUUUCACGCGUACCCGUGGAAUGAAACACAAGAGCGCGCGUGGGAUGACUUAUUUGAGAAGAACGAUGUCUGGCGUGAUCCGAAGUUGGUUCGCCAUGCCGCCGACAUGUACGACGGUUUUAUUAAGUUUGAACUCAUUCGUCGGAAGUCUUUACGUCAUCUUUGCCGUAGCAUGAAUAUUCCAACGUACCCCAUGCUCACUCGUAUGUGUAAUGGCACGCGUGUUCGUGACUAUUGGAAUCUUGCAUGGUGCGAAGAUUACAUGGUCAUCACACAGAAGCUUCACGAAAAAAUGACAGAUGAGGAUCUGUACGACUAUGCCUGGCGGAGGUUUUUGGCCCCCUAUGACAAGAAUCUUACUCGAGAGCAAUUGAUGGAGCGAGUGGAGGGGUAUUUUACCUUCCUCGGCCCUGAGUUUCUUGAGAAGGGCAAGGCACCCAACCUUGUCAUACUGACAAACUACGUCAUGGGCUACUACAACGACCCGGCGUUCCUGGAGGAGGACAUCUCGGAGCUGGACAAGAACGACUACGACCAUCUGGCAAGCUGGGGCAAAGACGCGUUUCUGCGCCGUUUGGAAUUUGAGAAUGGCCCGCUACGUGACCAGGUGGAGGCGCACACCCAGAAGCUGCUGGCAGAGCGGGAGGCAGUUGCAAAGAAAGCCGCUUCUUCGGCCGAUCCGGUCAAGACGGGCUGA